AUGGGUGUGAUGGCCUUCGGUCUAUUCAUCACGAUUCUCCUACUUUUCCAUCAAAUUUCUCCGUCGAUUCAACAAAGCGAUCAAUUGGAUCCAUCCACAUCUCCGAAUGAUCGAGAUGAGAAUCUGUCUCGUGAUCGUCGUACUUUGAACUGUGAAAAGGAUUGUUCGGACACCGUUCUCUUGGGAUCUUGUCAAAGAAAUCUGAAUGAAACCCAACAAGAGCUUGUCGAGACUCGAGGAAACAUCCUCGAACUGCAGACGGAAAUCGCAAGAGAGCGGAACGAAACGAAGGACAAAGACGUCGAGAUGAGUCGAUUGACAGCAAAAAUGGCUCAAAUCGAGGCGAAUUUAAUGGGGAAAAUCGCCGAGACGAAAAGGAAGAACGACGAUCUCGAAGCACAAUUAAGAACUCAAAAUACGGAUGCAAGAGACGGAAAAGCCAAGAUUGGAGAGCUUGAAGGGAUAAUCAACGCGUUGCAGAGCGAGAACUCUGACCUCGAAACCCAAAUAAAUCGAACGAUGAAUCUCUUGAAACUGGAUGGAUGGUCGUAUUUAGCAAAAACCGCUUCUUCGUACAAGUUUAUCGCUCGACCAAUGACAUUUGAUGAAGCUGAGGAAUAUUGUGCGAGUCAAAAGGGCCAUUCAGUCUCAAUUCACAGUCAGGAAGAGAACGAUUUUGUUCAGAAACUCGCGAAAAAUUUUACUUCGAGUCUUGUGUUCUGGAUCGGAAUGAAGAGAAAUCCGAACAAAGAAAAUGCUUUUGAAUGGACGGAUGGAAGUUCGGUGGAUUUCACGAAUUGGAAGGUUGGAGAGCCGGAUUCGAACACCCACGCUUAUCUUUGGAGCAACACUGGGACAUGGGAGGCCUAUUCUCCUACCAAACAGUAUCGUUUUAUUUGCAAAAGGAGCUCUCAGCUC